CCACCUUAUCCUUUCCCACGAGCGUGCGUAUCUCCCGCACGCACGCAGGCACAGGGAUCCCCCUCCCAUCGCCGGUUGCCUGCGGCUCUCGUCUCUGGUAGAAGUACUGUAGUUUGCUGUCCUUCCUGUUGCCUUGACUAGCCGCUGGCCGCCGUGCCAUCUCGUCAUGGCCUCCGACGCGUGGCUGUCUAUACCGUGCCGUUUCGUCUCGUUCCUGCCCCGCCCGAUGCUCCGGGCCGCCGCCGCGCCCACACCGUCCUUGAUCCGGUGCCGCAUCGCAACGUCAUCUUCGGCGGGGGUCCUUGGCCGCGGUUGGUCGACCUGCAGACGGCACCCAGUAGCCUGGGCCGCCAGGGCCGCUGCUGAUCAGCAAGGAGGGGUGCAGCAGCAGCAGCAAGACGAAGAAGACGAUGUAGUCGACACCAACGUGCUCCCCUACUGUAGCAUUAACCGGAAGGAGAAGAAGACCAUCGGGGAGAUGGAGCAGGAGUUUCUCCAGGCGCUGCAGGCGUUUUAUUACGACAAGAAGGCUGUAAUGUCGAACGAGGAGUUCGAUAACCUCAAGGAGGAGCUUAUGUGGGAAGGAAGCAGCGUUGUGAUGCUAAGCCCUGAUGAGCAAAGGCUUUUGGAAGCAUCCAUGGCUUACGUGGCUGGCAACCCCAUUAUGACAGAUGCUGAAUUCGAUGAACUGAAGCUGAGACUAAGAAAAGAGGGGAGUGAAAUCGUACAAGAAGGUCCAAGAUGCAGUCUACGGAGUCGAAAGGUUUACAGUGACUUGACGGUCGACUACUUCAAGAUGUUCCUGCUAAAUGUUCCAGCAGCUGUUGUAGCUCUGACACUAUUCUUCUUCCUAGAUGAUUUGACAGGUUUUGAGAUCACGUAUCUUCUCGAGUUGCCAGAGCCUUUCAGUUUCAUCUUCACAUGGUUUGCCGCACUGCCUCUAAUUUUUUGGGUAGCACAGGCAAUUACGAGUGCCAUAGUGAAGGACUUUUUAAUUUUGAAGGGACCAUGCCCGAAUUGUGGCAACGAAAAUCUUUCGUUCUUUGGGACUAUACUGUCAGUGCCUAGCGGUGGUGCAAGCAACAGUGUGAAAUGUGCAAAUUGUGGCAGUUCAUUGGUAUACGAUUCUGCAUCCCGAUUGAUUACACUUCCGGAAACAGCUGAAGCUUGAUUGAAGAUCACUUUGGAUGCAGGAGCUGCACAAAAAGUAACUUGUGUCUACCAUGGAUAGCAAGAUGGACUGAUGAACAUUUAUCUCGUGACAAUCGUGUACUGGAGCAUCCUUUUGUAUUGCAUAGCCUGCCUCUUUAAAAAUUGUAUAUAUUUGCAUUUCCUAACAAAUAGCUAUAACCAAUAUACUGUAUAAAUUAAUACUUUUGAGAGUUUAUAUUGUACAUGAA